UUGAAAGGCGGGCUUUAACCUCAAAAUGAGUUACAACAAAAAAGUCUCAUAUUUUUACAAUCCAGAUGUCGGGAAUUUUCAUUAUGGGCCGGGACAUCCCAUGAAACCUCACAGACUCGCUGUAAUUCACAGUUUGGUACUCAAUUAUGGUUUACACAAAAAGAUGCAGAUUUACCGCCCUUAUCGUGCGAGCACCCAUGACAUGUGUCGUUUUCAUUCUGACGAAUAUGUGGAAUUUCUGCAAAGAGUGACUCCACAGAAUCUACAAGGAUAUACUAAGUAUUUGAGUCACUUUAACGUGGGCGAUGAUUGUCCUGUUUUUGAGGGAUUAUUUGAUUUUUGCUCCAUGUACACUGGUGCUUCCUUGGAGGGUGCUACAAAACUGAACAACAAUUGCUGUGACAUUGCCAUUAAUUGGAGUGGAGGACUGCAUCAUGCGAAGAAAUUUGAAGCCUCUGGUUUUUGUUACAUCAAUGAUAUUGUGAUAGCAGUCUUAGAACUAUUAAAAUACCAUGCCAGAGUACUCUACAUAGAUAUCGAUGUCCACCAUGGUGAUGGAGUUCAGGAAGCAUUUUAUCUCACAGACAGAGUGAUGACUGUGUCCUUCCACAAAUAUGGAAACUAUUUCUUUCCUGGCACUGGAGAUAUGUAUGAAAUAGGAGCAGAAAGUGGAAGAUAUUAUUCUGUCAAUGUUCCUUUAAAGGAAGGCAUUGAUGAUGCAUCUUAUGUUCAAGUAUUCAAACCAGUUAUAUCUCAUGUAAUGGAGUUCUUCCAACCAACUGCUAUAGUCUUGCAAUGUGGUGCAGAUUCUCUAGCAAAUGAUCGUCUUGGUUGCUUCAGCUUAAGUACAAAAGGACAUGGAGAAUGUGUGAAGUUUGUGAGGGAUUUAAAUGUACCAUUACUCACUGUUGGUGGAGGAGGUUACACAUUGCGCAAUGUGGCACGUUGUUGGACUUAUGAAACUUCUUUGCUUGUUGAUGAACAUAUUAGUAAUGAGCUACCAUACACAGAAUACUUAGAAUACUUUGCACCAGACUUUACACUACAUCCAGAUGUUGUAACGAGACAAGACAAUGCAAACAGUAAACAGUAUCUAGAAGCUAUUACAAGGCACGUGUAUGAUAACUUGAAAAUGAUACAACAUUCUCCAAGUGUUCAAAUGCAAGAUGUUCCUUGUGAUGCACUACCACCAGAGGAAGAGAGACAGCCUGAACCUGAUCCAGACUCUAGGCAAAAUGUACAAGAUACUGAUAAGAUAGUUGAACCAGCAAAUGAGUAUUAUGCUGGAGAAAAAGAUCAGGAUAAGAUGGAUGUGAGUGAAUCGUGA